AUGUUGAGAAGAACGAUAUCUCGUCAAUUCCAAAGAAGCCAAAGUACCUCGACAAAGGGAUUUUGGUCCGACUUUUCCAAGAGAUCACCAUCUUUAAGAAUUCAAAAUGAAAACAUUAGAAAGGGAUUAUUUGAAGGAAUCGAUGAACAAGGACCGGCAUCAAUAAAGAACUCAAAUAUUAGAGAGAUUUACCAUUCUCCUAUUGCUAUUGAUGAAACUUUUUCUGAAGCCUAUAAAAUUCUAGAAGCUGAUGCAAGUAAGAAAUAUGGCAGACUUGAAAAAUUGCAAGAAGAAUAUACAAAAAUAGAAGAUAAAUCUAGCACCAAGGCUAAUUCCAUCAAGAGAGAAAUCGAAGAAUUACAAAUUGAGACCGAGUUGAGAAAUCCUGAAGUAUUAUACAAUAUUGAAUAUAAUUCUGCUGACGUUAUCGACAAGUCACAACCAAUAUACAGAAAGUUGUUGAAGGAAAAAUGGAAGGAACACGAUUUGUUGCUUACAAUGCAAAGAUUGGAACAGUUGCAUGUUAUUCCAGAUACUUUGCCAACUUUGGUACCGGAAGCAGAUGUUAAGGUGAAAUUCAGUCACAAUGUUGAACAUGAAUUUAGAGAUUGGAUUGCUCCAGGAUCCAUUUUGCCAACAUUUGCUGUUGAAAAACCUCCUGUGGUUCAAGUGCAAGAGUUUGAUAAAGUUGAAGGUAACGAAAGAUUAUACACUGUUUUGUUGGUUAAUCCAGAUACUCCAGAUUUAGAGAAAAACUCGUUUUCAACUACUUUACAUUAUGCCUUAGCCAAUGUCCUGUUGAAUAACAUCGAUAACACAAUCGAUGUGUCAAAGCUUUUGAACAAAGGCGACAAAAUAGUUUUAAAGGAUUACUUACCAUUGACCCCUGAAAAAAAUACCCCCGCUCAAAGAGCCUGUCUUUGGGUGUUCAGACAAAAGAACGAAUUACAGCCCACUGAAAUUACAAGAGAGAAUUUUGACAUAAGAUCUUUUGUUGAAUCAAACAAUUUACUGCCAAUUGGAGCUCAUGUUUGGAGACAACAAUUUGACAGAAGUGUCAAUGAAAUAAGAGAGAAAUAUGGGUUGGACAAGGGUAGAGUUUUCUACAAAGAAAGAGGAUUAGCUCCAAUGCCCUAA